AUGACCAGCAAAGUAAUGGAUAACAACGACCCCUGGAUAACCUUUGCUGACAGUGGGCCAAGUGGGCGCACAAUAAGCCUAGGUAGGAGUAGUGCAAAGAUACAGAACGCCAAGACUGCCAAUGCCCUUAUCACUAUGAUAGGGCGCAGAUCGAAAGCCACGAUCCUUGAGAAUAUAAUAGGAGUGACGUCAUUUGCGGUGCAGCAGCAGAUCUAUUUGAGGUCCUCCUCAAAGCUCACACUCCACCACUUGCCCGUGCUGGUAGCUGACUGCGAUGUCAGCUAUCGAAAGAUAACCCAGGCCAUCAAUCCGCAGUUGACUUCGGCAUCCUGGAGCAUACCAGCUACGGAAAAUGCUACCGCUGUAUUUUCAAGUCGGGUCCUUGCACCGUUCUCUGGCGUUGUCGCGUAUUUUGUAUCCGAUCUCGGUGGACCGAAAUCCAUCGUUCAAUGGCUUGCACAUCAGGCAUCCCUACCCCCUCCGACGAACCUUGGCAUGGCCCCCAUCGUUCUCCUUGUUGUAGAGACGACAUCAGACACAUUUGACGAGAGCGUUGCAGCAAAUCGAUUCUUGAGCCAGAUUUCGGAUGCGAUAGGAAGUUUGGAAGGUGUCAACGAACUCGAUGCCCACAAAGCUAUAAAUCAACAUUUCAAGCAAAUAACAGUCAUUGGAUUGAGGUCUUUCAUGGCCAAUCCGAUGCGAGCGAAGGUUUUCAAGAGAAGAGCGAUCGGUCUACUUGAGUUGGCCUCGAACUAUCGGCGCCAAUUAAGCGUGGAGUUUGAGCAACGACAUUUUCAUACUUUGGCCAGGAAAGCCAUCGACAAUCUCUCGGAGAAUGGUUUCACAACUGUGUGUUUUGCAAACGCCUCAAGGUCCCACGGUUUUACAUUAGAAAACUUCCCAUCGUGUCUGGAUGACCUGUUGACCCAGAUGCCCUCUGCCACAUGGCUAUGGCAUGUUGUCAUACCCCUCGUCGCAUCUGCCUUGUAUCUAGCCACUUACCCCCCAGGCUCUCAUUACUUUUCACCGGACUAUAUAUUCACCCAGCUUUACUAUUCUCAUUGCGAAGAAGCCAUAGCCAAAUAUACUAGUGACCGGGAUAUUCAGAACAGAUUCAUAUUCUGCGUUUUAUCGGAGUUUCGCAACAUAUUUACUGAUUCUCUAAAAAACAGGGUAUCCUCAGCAGAGACUCAUCGAGCGAACAUUGAACAACUCCAACCUCAUUUAGUUUGUUUCAAAAGUCACAGGUCGUGCUUUUGCUGUCUUAUGCGAAUGCCGGAAAAGUCUAUGGCAUGCGGGCAUGCAUUCUGCGAUGCUUGCAUCAAGACUCACGGAACUCGCUCCCUCUUUGAGAAGAACACAUAUAUCCAUUCUGCAUGCUUACUUUGCGGCGUGAGCUAUCCCAACUCUAUUUUCCGAUUUGUUCCACCUACAGCUGGCAUACGAGUUUUGACAGUGGAUGGUGGCGGAGUGCGAGGCAUCAUUCCGCUCGUUUUCCUCAAGCAUAUUGAGCAGCUCAUGCAUAAUUUCGAUUGCUCGAUCAAAGACUACUUCGAUUAUGUCUGUGGUACUUCCGCAGGAGGACUUGUUGUGAUUGGAAUCUUCCUUCUUCAAUGGGACACUGUACAAUCAAUUCAGCAGUUUGACGAUGUUGCGAGAAAGACCUUCAAACAAGAUAAAGGCGCAACUAUCUUUGAAAAGGCUCUCGAGAUGAUGCUCGCGUACAUCAAAGAUGGAAAGUAUAGCCUUUCCGCUAUUCAAGACGCGUUUAAAGCUACCUUUAAAUCGGAGAUCAAGAUGUUCAAUCCCCUACAAAAUGAUACAAAGGUAGCAGUGACUACUACCACUGUUAACGAAUCAACGCCUAAGCUGUUUACCAAUUACAACGGUGGCAGGCGGCCAGCUGAACUAGGAUACGACAUCUUGCGUGCUGAAACGCCAGGGAACGAUGCAUCUUUGAGCGACGCCGCAUGCUGCACUUCAGCUGCUCCCUGGUUUUUUAAGCCGCGGCACCUACACAAGCUUGGUACUUUUCAAGAUGGAGGUCUUCAACACAAUUGCCCAUCAGAUAUUGCAGAUUGGGAAAUAGGGUUUCUUUGGCCUGAAAAACCAAUCCCCGAUUAUGCGCUCUCACUAGGAACUGGUACAGCCUUCUACACAACCUCUACCCUGCAGCAUCGCAAGUCCUAUAGAUUUCUUACCCGACUAUUCAAAAAUUUCAUGCGCUCACUAGAUGGAGAGGAUGCUUGGAGGAAGUUCUACAACAAUCGACCCGCGAGUACACGUGGUAGAUAUCAUAGAUUAAACGUCCGAUUUAGCAGCCACGAACCACAGCUUGACGACGUUUCGAGCCUCACUCAGCUCAAGUCCCAGGCAACAGAAGCCAUAUGCAGCACCCAUAACGACAUAGGCCUGAUCAUAGAUACGAUUAAAGCCUCCAUGUUCUACUUUGAGUUGGAUAGUAUGCCACAAUUUUCCGGAUCUACAUAUAACGUUUCUGGUUUUAUCCUAUGCCGACUUGACCUUUCUGUACCUGGUCGUCAGCAUCUGUAUCAGAAUCUCCUAGAUACUGCGUCAUGGUUUGUAGUGCAGGGCAAUCCCACACGGUGUGUUGAUAAGAUCCCUAAAGGGUGGCCGCCCUUCAAGUGUCGCAUCAAAUUUAAUGUAGAAAGCAUUGACGAGGAUGUCUAUAUAUCAGUCCGUGGGUUGACUAAUGCUACACACCUGAUCAGUGGCUUCCCUACAACCUUGAAGGAUCUUAUCAACCAGCAGCGACUAGAUAGCCCUUUCGGCACGAUUGACCAUGUAGAGAUAGAGAAGAACUACCGGAACCCCCUAAAAAAAGGGCUACAGACUAUAUGCAGAUACAAGAGAAGCGAUUGCGCCGGGGGACGAUUUUUUAGUGCAAAGCGGCUUUGA